AUGGCCUGGUUUGUACACACGUUGAUGCGUUUCCUGACAGCACUGCUGCUGAUGAUGAUGAUGGAGGCCGAGGCGACAUACGGACCGUACAGAUUUAUCCAGGACAGACCUGCAGCGAGACGCAGACCACUGACCUACAGCAGACCUGCUCAUGGAAACAUCAUCAAUGGAGGUAUGGACCACCCUCCAGUUGUGCCAGUGGUGCCACCAAAGCUAACGCUAACCAAGCCGUGCGUCACAGCGCCACCCAAAGUGCCCACUCCAACCGUAACCACAACUCCAGCCCCUCCUCCCACUUUACCCACCACGACGCCCAUCACCCUGCCGCUCAGUACCCUGAGUGCCACCACUCCCCCUGCUGCUCCUCCUCCCACUCAUCCAGCUCCGGCAGAGGUGUGCAAGAGCCGCCCGCUGGACCUGGUGUUCGUCAUCGACAGCUCUCGCAGCGUACGUCCUGCCGAAUUCGAGAAGGUCAAAGUGUUCCUCUCGGACCUGGUGGACACGCUGGACGUUGGCGUCGAUGCCACGCGUGUCGGAUUGGUCAACUACGCCAGCACGGUCAAUAUCGAGUUCCUCCUGAAGACGUACGCCAACAAAGCGGAUCUCAAACGUGCCUUCUCUCGGGUCGAGCCGCUCUCCACCGGGACCAUGACCGGCUUGGCCAUCAAAACGGCGAUGGAGCACACGUUCACCGAAGAGUCCGGCGCUAGGACGGCGAAUAAAAACAUCCCGAAGGUGGCCAUCAUCGUAACGGACGGGCGGCCGCAGGACAAAGUGGAGGAGGUGUCGGCUUCAGCGAGGGCUCUCGGGAUCGAGAUCUACGCCGUCGGAGUGGACAGGGCCGACAUGAAAUCUCUGCAAGCGAUGGCGAGCCAGCCGCUGGACGAUCACGUGUUCUACGUGGAGACGUACGGCGUGAUCGAGAAACUCACGUCCAAGUUUAGGGAAACUCUCUGUGGCAUCAAUGCAUGUGCCCUCGGACACGACUGCGAGCACGAAUGCGUGAACAACUACAACUCGUACUACUGCAAGUGCAGAGAGGGAUAUGUGCUUAACCCGGACAAGAAAACAUGCUCACAAGCCAAGGAGGCUCGUGGUGAUUUGGUGGAGGAACCGUGCAUGUGUGAAGCUCAGAUCGCGUUCCAGAGGAAAGUCCAUCACAGUAUUAAAGAGAUAAAUGGCAAACAUAUCCUUUCACAUCACUGCUACGAGUGCGCUCAUUCAUAAGUUCAUUUCACCAUCGUAACUGCCAAAGCAUACAGAAUUUACUACAAGUAGAACCAUGUAGAACCUCUUCUAUACGAGUGUACCAAGUACCAAUAGGCUAAAUGUUAAACUCCUGACAGGUUCUGGAUAUUAGGAUAAAAAGGACGAGUAAUAGUUUGGAGAUUCAUUGGAUAAUUAAAGUUCUUCACUUCUUCUUGGAACCCUUUCUGACGGGGAGACACUCAUAAAUGAGCACACAUGGCUGUAUAAAUACACACACAAUACACACUGACUGUGUUAAUGAUGCGAGAUUUAGCGUACGAUUUAGCAUCAUAUGUCUUUGCGCUUUGGUCAAUGUUUUAUGUGAUCGGUGUUUUCCUUGACUGUUCACACUGGACGAUCUUUCAAGAAGAGUCGAUCAGUUCCAGCUGCGCUGAAUCUGCACACUCGCGUGAUGGCGUUGUCCUUCGCUAAUACUCAGCAGCUCGCCGCUCUCUUGUAGCUGAGCCUAUUAGACGUUCCUCUUUCCUCUGCUGCUUUGCAUUUAUCUUUCAAAAAGCAUGUUAAGCUAAAGUAACCCAGUUAACUACCGUUAUUGUUUACUUGGAGUAGACUGAAAUCGAUCGUAUAUAAAAACUUGGAUGCAGUAGACUCAUUAAUGUUUGUCCAGUCUCCUUUUAUUUUGUAAAAAUAAAAGAUUUAGAGAACCUCAUGAAGGUUUGUUUUUGUUUUAUUUUAGGAGAAAUGUUUUUUUCUCUGGGAAAGAUUAAAUCUAAUGUGUGAUGUUCCCUCUGUUUGUGAUUCUUUGUAUAGAUUUUUGUUAGGUAAUAAAAAUGGCUUGUGAAACAUUUGUCGUUAUUCUAUCAUCGCAAAGAGAUUGAUUUAUACUGUAUAACGUGUCUCCUACAU